CCCUCCAAACUGCAGCACAUUAUGGAGGACUGCUUACCCCAUGGACGUUUACCAUUUAUGAUUUUAAAAAGCUUGAAGCCUUCGCUUGUCAUUUGCCCACUCAGAUGGCAUUUCCCAGUAUCUCUUGCCAGCUCCAAAGGCCUGCGUGCCAUGCCACAGGGGUCCCAUUCUGCUCUCCACCAGGGCCAAAUGGGGGAAGAAUGUCCUCAGUUGUCCUCACCGCUCUCCACCGCUGACCAUGUCCAGGGUAACCUAGAUUUGAGCCUGGACUGUUACGGCCAAGUGUACAUGGAGCCGCUGGACGGCGAGGGGGAACGUCCGGUGAGCCUGGUGUCCACCCUGUCCUCCGGUUCAUCCCGGGAUAGCCACAGCCUUUUUGGAAGCACAGCGGCCCUUCCUUCCUCCACCACACCCCCCAUACCGAGCGAGGAGGACAUCGACCUGGAGUUGAGCCCAGCAGAAGGCACUAGAGAGCAGGCAGGAAAUCGGAGUCCCACCCUUACUGGUUCCAGGGAACGCUGGCGGCAACCGUUGGAUCCCAGGGUGAUCAGCAACCAAUGGAAUAACAACAACGCCACCGCCAACAGAAGGGCGAGCGUGGGAAUACCUUACAGCCCCACCUCACCUGUCGUCUCAGAGACCAUGGCCCCCAACCCAAAGCUGACCUACAUGGACCGUGUUGUCAUGGAGAUCAUAGAGACGGAGCGCAUGUAUGUGAAAGACCUGCGCAGCAUCGUGGAGGACUAUUUGGCUCACAUUAUUGAUAUGUCCAACCUUCCCAUACGGCCUGAGCAAGUCUGCGCCCUUUUUGGAAACAUAGAGGACAUCUAUGAGUUUAACAGUGAACUGUUGCAGUCUUUGGACAUGUGUGAGAGCGACCCCGUGGCGAUCGCGCAGUGCUUCGUGAACAAGAGUGAAUACUUUGAAAUCUACACCCAGUAUUGCAACAACUAUCCCAACUCAGUAGCAGCUCUGACCGAAUGCAUGAGGAGUAAAACUCUGGCCAAGUUCUUCAGGGAUCGGCAGGCUGCGCUGAAGCGGUCUCUCCCUUUAGGCUCCUACCUGCUAAAGCCGGUUCAGAGGAUCCUGAAAUAUCACCUGCUCCUUCAGGAAAUUGCAAAGCACUUUGACCCCGACGAGGAAGGUUGUGAGGUCAUUCAGGACGCCAUAGACACAAUGACAGGAGUGGCCUGGUACAUCAACGACAUGAAGAGGAAACAUGAACACGCUGUCAGAGUGCAGGAGAUCCAGUCUCUUCUGAUCAACUGGAAGGGUCCUGACCUGACCACGUAUGGAGAGCUGGUGCUGGAGGGAACCUUUCAUGUGCUGAGAGCGAAGAACACCCGCACUCUCUUCCUCUUCCAAAAGAUGCUUCUCAUUACCAAGAAAAGAGGGGAACACUAUGUCUACAAGAUCCAUAUACUGUGCUCGACCCUAAUGCUUCUUGACAGCGCAAAAGAUCCCCUGCUCUUCAGUGUUAUCCAUUUCAAGCGUCCCAAGCAGCCCCACACAGUGCAGGCCAAGUCUGUUGAAGAGAAGCGUCUCUGGGCUCAUCACAUCAAGAGGCUCAUUCUUGAGAAUCACAACACCAUCCUGCCGCAGAAGACAAAAGACAUCACUGUGGACAACUCAAACUAUCCAGCGAAACACCAGUAUAGUCCUGAGAGGCUGAUGAAAGCAGAGUGCCAGGCUGACGACUUCCAUCGAGGACGAAAUGGGAGGAGGAGAUCCGAGCCAGUGAAACACAUAACCAGCACAAGAGCUGUUUUGAAGCAUGCAGACAGUGAGGGCGCGCUGCUGGGGAACAGGGGCUCCCUCCCGCCAGCCACUAGCGUCGGUGCACUGACCUCCAGUCUAGGCGAGCCCCAGGCUGAGAGGCCGUGUGUGGACGAGCUAAUCCCCCAGAGUCCCACUGACAGCAACCCUACACUGGGGGCUUCACCCAGUCAAGGGAAGCUGGAGGAGGAGGAGGAGAAGGAGGAGGAGGGGGGGGAGAGCUACACGGAGGAUGUACUGAUGGGAGACGACCAGGUAGCCGACUUUGCCAGCUCAGUGCUGGCGGCCAUCUCCUGCUGGCACUCUAAAGCCAGGGCUUUGCUUUCCACUCACUUCACAACGGAGGAUCAGAAUGGAGAUGCAUCCGAUCUGCAAACGUCUCCAGUUGAAGAGAUGGACAUUUGCAGGCAGGAGCAAAACAAUGAGGAUGUGAAAGAAACUCUCAGCUCAGAGGUCAGUGUCCAGGAGCUGCGUCCUUUAAACGGGGUCCCCCCAGCAGAAGAGAGCAGCCAGUUGGAGCGGGGUUACUCCCAAAGCCCCGAGUCCCCCGUGGCCCCGUCCCAACCAGAAACUGACAUCCCAGAACCUGUGGGAACCUCGGGGGAGACUGGGGAGUCAUCGGAGGGAGGGAGUGACUCCUCCGGUCUUCAGGUAGAAGAGACGAGCGUGCUGACAAACGGAGAACUGUCGGAAGAGGAAGAGGAGGUGGCUUCGUAUAAUAAAAGCAUCCUGCCGCCGUCCGUGCUGGACCAGGCGAGUGUGAUCGCGGAGCAUUUCAGCAGCCUGUCACGGAGGAGCAGUCUGGUUUCUGAGGACCUCGGUUCUCUCGCCUGCCCUUCAACCCCUCUCGAUAACGACGAGCUACAAAGUCCCUCAGCUCGCAUGGACUUGGAGAAACAGAUUGAAUUGAUGGCCAAGUCUUCACCAGAGCCACCAGCUUCCCCCGACGCUAAUCCAUCAGUUCCCGUCGACGUGUUCGAGCUGAGCGAAGGGGAACCUCGGUCCACCCUCUCCAAACAAGACCGGCUCCUCAUCCGUAAAAUCAGGCGAUACUAUGAGCAUGCAGAACACCAAGAUGCUAACUUCGGCAUCAAGCGCAGGGAGAGUUUGUCUUAUAUUCCAGCCGGUCUGGUGAGACAUCUGAGUCAACAGCUUAACAGUAUUCCUCAGGAGGAGGCCGUCCCCGCCCAACGGAAAGCCCUCUCCAGAGACAGGCCCACUUCCUGGUCCGUGUUUGACCUUCCAGGUUUAGGGAGGAGUCAAAAACCGGAACCGCAGACCCCUUUUGAAGCCAAGGUUCGAUCUCAAAGCGUCACAGUGUCCACUGCAGAAGAAGAAGAAGAGUUCAGACCCUCCUCUGAUAUGCUUAAGAUUUGGCAAGUCAUGGAAAUUGAGGAGGACAGUGGGGAAGUCCAGCAGACAGCGGAAAAGACGGAUAACGACGGAAGAUUAGAAGUUGUUCAACACAUCGCCUCAGAGCCCUCAAACGUCAAAACCGAUGAGCAGCCACCUCACACUUUUGAGGAGCCUGAAACAAACCCUGCCUCAGAAACGUCUUCCGUGUCAUCACCUACUACGAGUUCCCCGGCAGCGGAGGGAGCACCGGUUUGGGACUCAAAGCCACCAAGGCCGCCCACGCUUCAGGAAAAUGCUAACGUCCACCCUAGCCAUCUACCUAGGGGCAUUAGCUUCCGAACCAGCAUGGAGGAAGACCAGAUCCUGCAAGACAUGGGAAAGAUGAAGAACAAGGUGUUCCAGUUGGCCCGUCAGUACAGCCAGCGCAUCAAGAAUAACCGGCCUCUCGUCUGGCAGAGGAGCCGGCAGACAGGAGCUCAGGAGGAGCUCAAGAACAUGCCUGACGUCCGUGAGGAAAAGAUUAAGAAAAGAGGUAAACUCACCAGGAGAUUCCCCAUCAAUGGUUGUGAUCAAGCAGUCAUCCAUGAGGUGCGUUCUCCCAGUCCAGUCCAGACGCCCCCCUGCUCUGCAGGCAGCUCGCAGGGGACGGUCGGCUCCCCACAAACAGAGACCUUCCACUGGCCCGACGUUCAGGAGCUGCGCUCCAAGUACGCCGAGACCCGCCGCUCUGCAAAAGUCAACUGCGUUUGCAAAGCCCCAAAUGAGCUGCAGGAGAGCUGUAGCAGUUGUUCUCAGUGUCCCAAAGCUCCGCCGGACUGCUGCAGGAGUCAGUCCGUGCCCAUACACAGAGAAACGGCGGGGGAGGACUGGCCUCAGCACCAGACACACUCGCUGCUGUGUCGGUGGAACUCCCUGGACCACAUGCUCGGGUCUCUGCCCCUACAUGAAGUGCAGAACCUUCAGGAACCCAUGUGGGCCUGCGUUGCAGUGGGCAAACUCCAAGAGGAGGACGGUCUCCCCCAGGAGGAUCCAAGCAGCCUAAAGUCUGCCGCCUCGAGUUCAGGGAAAAGCUCAGACAGUAAUCACGUGAAAAGUUUGCGGCAGAAGUUCCAGGGUUUCAACACGAGCUGAUGAAGAGAUGUUUUUAAUAUCGGGAACAGUCUGAUGCUUUUCAACAUUAGUUCUGUGGCGUUCUUCUUGAGAAGAGCAUUACUCGCCGUCUGCGAGGCGUUUUCAGUGUCGUGCACGGUGAUGAUGUUGGCCCAGUGUAACAUAAAAGGGGAUGUUAUUAAUAAGCUUUCCUGUCUUACUCUUAAAAAGCUUAAAUAUUUCUACACUGGGUAUACUGUAUGUCUGCACAGUACAAAAUAUAUGUAAAAUAUGUAUAUAGUCCCUUGUAUCAAAUGGAAAAAUUGGGUAUAUUUUUUAUUACAUCCAUUUAUUUGGUACCUAGCCACUGUGUGUUGCUAUAGUUACUAUGGCAGUACUUUUACUCUUGAGGAGAAAGCAGGAAUUCUCGUUGCACAGUUCAGUUGUUAGUCUUUUCAUUCACCAAAGACGGUUGCCUUUUGACAUUUGUUUCCUUUUGAUGUAAAACAAUACAGCAACAAUUGUCCCCACGUUUGCUUUAGCUGUUUGUAAAACGGUUCUUACUCGACACUGGAGCUUUAUAUUUCUCAGCGAGUUGUAUAUUAAACGUUAUUUAUGGCAUUGGAUAAUAUUUGGGCAAGUUUACUGUAAAUACUGACUAAAAGAAAAUACUUUAUUUUUCAGUUACAAAUGUGUAUCAUUUCAUACUGUACGUGGGGUUUCAAUAUUUUCAAUAAAAAAACAAAUGUUUCAACAUGCUUGGUAUAAUGUACU